AUGGCUUCAACCUUUAGCGGCGAUGAAACGACACCGUUCUUCGGCUUCCUCGGCACUGCAUCUGCCCUAGUCUUCUCCUGUAUGGGGGCUGCGUAUGGGACAGCGAAGAGUGGCGUUGGAGUGGCGUCAAUGGGUGUGAUGAGACCAGAGCUUGUGAUGAAGUCGAUUGUUCCAGUGGUUAUGGCUGGUGUGUUGGGUAUCUAUGGAUUGAUUAUUGCUCUGAUCAUCUUUCUAAGGUAG